AUGGGUUUCAUGGAAUUCUACUUGGAGAUUGACCCCGUGACCCUGAACCUCAUCAUCCUGGUGGCCAGCUAUGCCAUCCUCCUCCUUGUCUUCCUCAUCUCCUGCAUCCUGUACGACUGCCAGGGGAAGGACCCCACCAAGGAGUACGCCCCCGCACCCCCCGCACCCCCCAGCCAGUCGCCCAUACGCCUUGUGGUCAUGCAAAACUCUCCUGCCUCGUCUCGCUAUGAGCAGCAGAACCAGAACAACAUGGCUACGCCAGCGCUGACGCCCACCCCCGACCUGGGGAGGGAGAAGAGGAGCACCCUGGUCUGA